AUGCGCAGUGCUACAGUGGAUGGCGAGCCUACGGGUCUGACACUGGGUGCCCGCGGCUCCCUGGGCCGGGCGCUGCUACAUGGUCUCUUGGCGCCCGCCUCCGCGCCCAGACACCACUUGUACACCGCGCCCAAUACUGGUUCCCUACCACCAUCUCCAGCUGACAGUGGAGUAUCAGACGUGGAGUCGUCCUCAUCAGGCGCGGGUUCCGCCGAAGAGCUGAAGGCGCGUCUGCAGCCGCCACCUCCAGCGCCCUUCCACACGCCCUUCCUGCCCUUCUACCAGCAGCAUCAGAUCACCAGUUCUCUACAGCAUCAUGUUGCACACCCUAGACCUCCAGGUGAGUACUUUUUAUUUGGAUUAUAUAUGAUGUUCCAUCUAGGACAAUUCGAAGCUAAUAGGUAA